GAGGGCCCCAGAUAGUGCACUGCUCCUGAGAUUCUUUGAGAGCCUCACCAAGAUGAAGCUGCCAGGCCACGAGGAGUAUGAGACCUCCAGUGCUCAUGAAAAUGUUUCUGUUUCUGCAGGGGAGCCAGACAGUGACCAUGGCUCAGGUCACAGCCCUAGUGGCUCCUCAGAAACAGACAGCAGAGAACUGGGGAUAUCCAAGGACCCUCUGCUCUUCAUUCAGCUGAAUGAGCUGCUGGGCUGGCCCCAGGCACUGGAGUGGAGAGAGACAGGCAGGUGGGUGCUGUUUGAGGAGAAGCUGGAGGUGAGUGCAGGCCGGUGGAGUGCCCCCCAUGUGCCCACUCUGGCACUGCCCAGCCUCCAGAAGCUCCGCAGCCUGCUGGCCAAGGGCCUCGUACUGCUGGACUGUCCAGCUCAGAACCUUCUGGAGCUUGUGGAGCAGGUGAUCAGGGUGGAGUCGCUGAGCCCAGAGCUGAGAGGGCAGCUGCAGGCUUUGCUGCUGCAGAGACCCCAGCAUUUCAUCCAGACCACAGACACCUGGCCCUGCUGCGGAUCUAUCCCUCCAAGAAAGGCGUUUUACAAUGAAGGGGCCCCUCUUAGAGAACAGAACCCUCUGAGACAGAAGCUACCUCCAGGGGCUGAGGCAGCAGCUGUGCUGACAGGAGAGCUAGGCUUUCUGGCACAGCCACUGGGAGCCUUUGUUCGACUGCGGGAUCCAGUGGUGUUGGGGACACUUACUGAGGUGGCCCUCCCCAGCAGGUUUUUCUGCCUGCUCCUGGGCCCUACCAUGCCGGGAAGGGGCUAUCAUGAGAUGGGUCGGGCAGCAGCUGUCCUCCUCAGUGACCCGCAAUUCCAGUGGUCAGUUCGUCGGGCCAGCAACCUUCAUGACCUCCUGGCAGCCCUGGAUGCCUUCCUAGAGGAGGUGACAGUGCUCCCCCCAGGUCGGUGGGACCCAACAGCCCGGAUUCUCCCGCCCAAAUGCCUGCCCUCUCAGCACAAAAGGUCACCCUGGCAAAAGCAGGAGGUCAAGGGCCUCUCUGGCCCGUGCACGGCCCGGGCAGAGGACAGACAUGGCAGAGGGCUGCAUUUACCCAGUCCGGAAUUGCAGCGGACCGGUCGGCUGUUCGGGGGUCUUGUCCAGGACGUGAGCCGGAAAGCUUCCUGGUACAGCAGCGAUUUCUUGGACGCCCUGCACCCCCAGUGUUUCUCAGCUGUGCUCUACAUUUACCUGGCUACCGUCACUAACGCCAUUACUUUCGGGGGUCUGCUGGGAGAUGCCACUGAUGGUGCCCAGGGAGUGCUAGAAAGUUUCCUGGGAACUUCGGUGGCUGGAGCUGCCUUCUGCCUGCUGGCAGGCCAGCCCCUCACCAUCCUCAGCAGCACUGGGCCAGUGCUGGUCUUUGAGCGGCUGCUUUUCUCUUUCAGCAGAGAUCACAGCCUGGACUACCUGCCCUUCCGCCUGUGGGUGGGCAUCUGGGUGGCCACCUUCUGCCUGGUGCUGGUGGCCACAGAGGCCAGUGUGCUGGUGCGCUACUUCACCCGAUUCACGGAGGAAGGUUUCUGUGCCCUCAUCAGCCUCAUCUUCAUCUAUGAUGCCCUGGGCAAAAUGAUGAGUUUGACCCAUGCAUAUCCCAUCCAAAGGCCUGGAUCUCCUGCCUAUGGCUGCCUCUGUCAAUACCCAGGCCCAGAAGGAAACGAGUCUCAGUGGGCAACAACAAAGCCAAAGUACAGAGAUGACAUCUUAAGCAUGGAUCUAGGCCUGGUCAACGCAUCUUUGCUGUCUCCAUUUGAGUGCAUCCAACAGGGAGGCCAACCUCGUGGCCCUGGCUGUCACACAGUUCCAGACAUUGCUUUAUUCUCCCUUCUCCUCUUCCUUACCUCCUUUCUCUUUGCUACGGCCUUCAAGCAUGUAAAGACAAGUCGCAUCUUCCCCUCCAUGGUGCGCAAGGUGCUCAGCGACUUCUCCUCAGUCCUGGCCAUUCUCCUGGGCUGCGGCCUUGAUGCAUUCCUGGGCCUAGCCACACCGAAGCUCAUGGUGCCUACAGAGUUCAAGCCCACACUCUCUGGGCGUGGCUGGCUGGUAUCACCUUUUGGAGCCAACCCCUGGUGGCUGAGUGUGGCAGCCGCCCUGCCUGCCCUGCUGCUGUCUAUCCUCAUCUUCAUGGACCAGCAGAUCACAGCAGUCAUCCUCAACCGUGCAGAAUAUAAGCUGCAGAAGGGAGCUGGCUUCCAUUUGGACCUCUUCUGUGUGGCUGUGCUGAUUCUGCUCACAUCAACACUUGGGCUGCCCUGGUGUGUCUCAGCCACUGUCAUCUCCCUGGCCCACAUGGACAGUCUUCGGAGAGAGAGCAGCGCCUGUGCCCCUGGGGAGCCCCCUAGCUUCCUGGGCAUCAGGGAACAGAGGCUGACAGGCCUGGUGGUGUUCAUUCUUACAGGCAUCUCCAUCUUCCUGGCACCUGUACUCAAGUUCAUCCCAAUGCCAGUGCUCUAUGGCAUCUUCCUGUACAUGGGGGUUGCAGCGCUUAGCAGCAUCCAGUUCGUGAAGAGAGUGCAGCUAUUGCUGAUGCCAGCUAAACACCAGCCAGACCUACUGCUCUUGCGGCAUGUGCCUCUGAACAGAGUACACCUCUUCACUGCCAUCCAGCUUGCCUGCCUAGGUCUGCUUUGGAUAAUCAAGUCUACCCCUGCAGCCAUCAUCUUCCCCCUUAUGUUGCUGGGCCUGGCAGGUGUCCGAAAGGCACUAGAGUGGGUCUUCUCACCGCAGGAACUCCUCUGGCUGGAUGAGCUCAUGCCAGAGGAGGAAAGGAGUAUUCCUGAGAAGGGACUGCGGCCAGAACACACAUUUGGUGGAGAUGAAAGCCAAGAAUCAGAGCUGAUGUAUCAGCCAAAAGUUCCGGAAAUCAACAUCUCUGUGAAUUAGUUGGAGCAAGAGUCUGGCAGUGGAGACCUUAUGAAACAGACCAUGAGUUCCUCGUGAAUCCUAGAGCUGGGGAGGAAGCAGAAAGGUCUACCCAGAGACGAAUGAAAACAGGCUGGGUACCUGGGCUUGACGCCCUGCCGUUUUGAGGUCUUGCCAGUAGAGGGAGCGCCAGCUCAUACCAAAUAGGAUGCUGAGACUGAGGGGAUAGACAAGGAUGGGAAAGAAAAGCAAUGACAAAGGAAUGGGAAGAAGAGGGAGGGGAUAAAGCUCUGCUCUUUUUCCCUACCCAGGAGGUUCUUCUUUUAGGUUGCUGUGAACCCCACUAUAGACAAAUGGAGGGAUUCUUUAUCCCUUGCCCUCUCUGCCUUUCAUUUUAUUCAUCCAUAUAUCAUUUUUCUGAGGUAUAUCAAAAUACCUGUAAGUAGAGUUUUUAAGUACUAUAGAUUCAGUAGUGAGUAGAGCAACCAUAGUCUCUGACCUUGGGAAGUUUAAAUCCCAGUGGGAGAGUCAGGCAGACAAAUAGGCAACUCUUAGUAGGAUAAUGCUGGAUAAGGGAAGCACAGUGGGGAGCAGAGAAAUCUCUAACCCCUCUCAGAGGAUAGUAAAGAUGGGAUGGUGUGAGUUAAGUAAAGUGUAACAGGAAAUGGCCCACAAUUUGAACAAGGAAUAGCAGCCACCAAAACAAGAUGGGGGAAAUAUGUUCUAUGCAGAAACUACAGCAUGUCCAAGAGCCUAGAAUUUUUUGCUCUUGAUAAGCUGAACUCUCUCUUUUGGCCCCAGAACGCUCUCCUCUCCAUGCCUCUACAAGUUCAAGAAUAUGAGUCUCCACUGCUUGCAAUGGAAAGUUGGGGGGACUAGAGAGAGAAAGAGUAAUUCCUUACCACCCAGUACUCCCUUUGCUCUGUUCUUUGCUUUAUUUUGUCCCUGAGCACUUGCUCUGGCCUCAUGGUGUCUUU